GCGGUGUGUCCGGGCAUUGCGCGGCGGUGUGUCCGGGCAUUGAGCGGCGGUCCCGGGCAGAGCACGGCUGCGGCAGCCCAGGCUCCGGGGCCAUGGAGGAGCAGCAGCGGCGGGCGCUGCGGCGCGGGCGGGCCCGGCUGGUGGCGGCGCUGCGGGUGGAGCCGCUCUGGGACCCGCUGGAGCAGCGCGGGCUCUUCACCCGGCCAAUGCUGGAGGAGCUGCAGAGCGCUGGCAGCCGAGCGGAGCAAGCCCGGCAGCUGAUCAUUGACCUGGAGACUCGAGGGAAGCAGGCUUUCCCUGCCUUCCUCUCCAUCCUGCGGGACACCAGGCAGGGCGACCUCGCUGAGAUGCUGAUCCAGGAGUGCGAAUCCCGGCCGGUGCCACCGCAGCUGCCAGACCUGCGGCCCGUGGAGCUGGAGCUGCGGGAGGAAAAACAGCGUAAAAAUGUGACCCCUCAUGAAUGUCUGUCUAUCCCAGUGCAAGCUGAGAGAGAAAGACCUCGAAUGCCUCCUGUGCCAGCCCGGGGUUCUGCUGUUGACAAGAGGAGGCGUGACCAGGAUUAUGAGAUGAAAGCAGAUCCCUGUGGACACUGCCUGAUCCUCAAUAACGUCAAUUUCUCCAGAGACUCGGGUCUGUCCACCCGAGAGGGCUCUGACAUUGACUGUGAGAAGCUGGAGAGGCGCUUCAGGGCCUUGCGCUUCACUGUCCUGACCCGGCGGGAUCUGAAAGCUCAGGAAAUGGUGUUGGAGCUGCUGAAGCUGUCUCGGCAGGACCACAGUGCUUUGGCCUGCUGCAUUGUGGUGAUCCUCUCCCAUGGCUGUCAGACGAGCCAUAUUCAGUUUCCUGGAGGCGUUUAUGGAACGGAUGGAAAACCCAUUCCCAUAGAAAAGAUUGUGAACUAUUUCAAUGGGUCCAAUUGCCUGAGUUUGAGAGGAAAACCCAAACUGUUCUUCAUCCAGGCCUGUGGUGGAGAACAAAGGGAUCAAGGCUUUGUAGUGGAUUGUGAUUCCCCUGAAGAGGAAGCUCCUGGAGGUUCCUUGGAAUCGGACGCGACCCCGUUUCUGGUUUCAUCAGAUAACAUGGAUGAGCCUGAUGCCAUUGCCAGUUUGCCCACACCUAGUGACAUCUUGGUUUCCUACUCAACUUUUCCAGGUUUUGUCUCCUGGAGGGAGAAGUCAAGUGGCUCGUGGUAUGUGGAAACACUGGACAGUGUGCUGGAGCAGUAUGCCCAUUCAGAAGACCUGCUGAGCAUGUUAGUGAGGGUGGCACACGCUGUCUCUGCCAAGGGGAGGUACAAGCAGAUCCCGGGAUGUUUCAAUUUCCUCCGUAAAAAAUUCUUCUUCAUGUGCCGCUGACACAUGGGCUCCGAGCCCCCUGCCAAGCACUGGAGAUUCUUCCUGUGGCUGAAUGAAAUCUGUGCUCACCACGACUUGGUGUCAGUGCUCCCUGUGGAUUUUGUCUGUGUGUCCAGAUGUUUGUCUGGAGAAAUGUGAUCCACGAGCGUUGGCUUUGCCAUGCAGUGGAGAUGAGAGGGAGAUUGUGCUGUGCCAGUGGGAAAUGUGGAUGGAGCAGGAAGUCCCUUUGCUGGAGAACGGAGCCAGAGGAGAGCACUUCUGGCUCACCCUGACACGGCCACACUCGGCCUCAGAGGGUUUUUCUUUGCUGAUCAUGGUAUUUGUGUCCUGUGCUGUCCAGGUAACUGAUUGAGGGGACCAGGGUCUGAUGUUCAAGUGAAAUGGGAUGAGUUUUGCAGUCAGUGUUUCUAAUAAAUGCAAUUAAAGAGCAAAUCUUUAGCUGUAUUCCCUUGUCUGUUCCAUCUCCUCAUUGCCA